GUUUCGUUUGUUGCACUUUGGCCUCCUCCCAUUCCUCUUCUUUCUCCUUCCGUCGUAACUCCUUCCUCUCUCUCUUUUAACGUCCCUUUCCUAACAGUCAUUCUUGGCUCUCUUUCUCUCACUUUCCCUCUCUUUCUAACUCUCUCACACAUUCUCUCUCUCUCACUCUCUUCCCUGUCUCUCGCCCUUUCUUGGCUUCGUCUCAUCUACAUUUUCACAAGGCCGAUCCUUUCCCUUACUUUUAAAAUUAGCAAAGCACUGAAGGAGAAAAAGAACGACAAUAGCAGCAACAAAAUGACCCACACAUCAAAGUUCUCUCUUUCCUUGUUGAUCGUCGCUGUAGUUCUCCUGGCGCUUGUCUCUCAGACACAGGCCCAGGCGACUACCAACGGCACCACACCGACGCCUACCAACACCAAGUGUGCUCCCCUGAAUACACUCUACAAGGCUUGGGUUGCACCCUGCACCAAUAACAACACUGAUAUUCCUGAAACAGACUCUGAUGCCCGUUGGAGACCAUGCAUUUGCAAAGAUGGAUUCUUCCCCCUUGCAACGGCCACCGAGCGGUGCUCGUUGAAAGAAUCGCAACAGCAACUUGUGACAGCAACGUCGCUUAAUGCUCUGUGCAAGGGCGUAAAGGGAUAUGUUGAGGCAAGCACGCAACAGUCGCAGCCCGAGUUAGGGCCUGCACUUGCUACUGUCACAUCUAUUGGUCAAGCUCAGGCCACGGAUGUUGAGGGAGUCAACACAGGGGGCAUCAGGGGUGAUGCUGCCAAAAUGUUGGGAUCAGAUAGCAAAAUGAUGGCAAUGUUCUCUAUUGCUGCAGUCGUGCUGGCCACAGCUGUUGCCUUCUAAAAAGGGGAGGACUCG